AUGAUUCCUUUUGCAUGCCUCACAUCAAAUAGUAACGCCCUGAAAAGCCAAAGUGAAGCUCUUUUCCAUUUAUACAAACACAAGUUCAAAACUAAUACACACAUCGACAGAAGGCCUUUCAGCCCUAUUGCCGAUUUCCCGAAAGAACGAAUUCUAUCACAGGAAGGGUCAAAAAGGAACGACUUAAUAGAACAUUUGCCCAGGCAACCACAAGUUCCCUUCCAGCAGUAUGGUGGAUAUGUCACCGUAGACGUUGCUGCCGGACGAUCGCUCUUUUACUACUUUGUUGAGGCUGAUCCAAAAAUAUCUUGCAAAUUGCCGCUUGUUCUUUGGCUCAAUGGAGGACCUGGUUGUUCUUCUCUUGGUUAUGGAGCAAUGGAGGAAUUGGGUCCAUUUCGGGUUUCCAGUGACGGAAAAACACUAUAUGAAAAUGAAUAUUCAUGGAACCAUGCUGCAAAUAUGUUGUUUUUGGAGACACCGGCUGGGGUUGGGUUCUCUUACUCAAAAACCAAGAGUGAUGUAGAGAAAGGUGGUGACAAAGAAACGGCUAUUGAUAAUUAUGUGUUUUUGUUGAACUGGUUGGAGAGGUUUCCAGAAUACAAGAACAGGGACUUUUAUUUAGCCGGAGAAAGUUAUGCUGGGCAUUAUGUGCCCCAGUUGGCUCAGACCAUUCUCUACCACAACAAGGCCAAAAACACUGUUAUCAAUAUGAAAGGGAUAAUUACUGACAAACUAGGGAUGUUUGAAUAUUGGCAAACUCAUGCUUUGAUUUCUAAUGAAACAUUGAAUCAAAUUUUGAAGUAUUGUGAUUUUUCUCCCAACGCUACAACAUCGGAUAAAUGCAAUAAAAUUUUGGAUCGAGUUUAUCAUAUAAUUAAUGAAAUUGAUGUUUAUAAUAUCUAUGCACCAUUGUGUCUCAAUCCAAACCUCACCACAAGGCGCAGGGAGGCUUCAGUACUUAAUUUUGACCCCUGCAGCGACAAUUAUGUAUAUGCAUACCUCAACAGACCUGAGGUUCAAAAGGCACUUCACGCCAAUGUCACCAAGAGCAUACCCUAUGAUUGGAAACCUUGCAGCGAUGUUCUCAAGAAAUGGACAAACAGCGCAUACACUAUCCUUCCUAUCCUCCAUGAGUUAAUGACUAAUGGAAUUCGAGUUAGUAUAUUCAGGUAA